AAAAGCUAAACGCAAUUGAGGUAGAGCCUUGAAGCUCUUUUGGAACUGCUGCAGUGAACGAAAGGAUACACUUCGCUCUCAUCUCACCAACUACCCCUUCGCUAUCGUAGGAUUUCUUGAACUGAAUAAGAACUCCGGUGGCAGAUACUGGCUGGACCUGGGCCCCAAUGACAGACUGACAGCCCGUGCUGCUACUGCGGACCUACACCCAGACCUGGAGGAGUGACCCAAUGAAGAAAGUCCACUGACCACUUCACACUAACACCCAGAGGGAGUAGAACAUCUAGCUGAGUGAAGCUGUAUUUGGAGCUAUUGGCCUGGCCAUGUUGAGAGGAAGAACUGUACUUCUCCUGCUGGUCCUCUGGGCAUACCUGUGUUCCCAUGGGGACGGACUGCGAGCCCUGAGGAGGACUACAGGGGGGAGGCGGGGUGGCGCAGGGGUGGGGUUGACGCUGAUGGGACAGGACGCUAAUGGAGUACCUCUGAGACGCUCCAAACGAGGAUGGAUGUGGAAUCAGUUCUUCCUACUGGAGGAGUACACAGGGAUGGAUCACCAGUAUGUUGGCAAGCUCCACUCAGACGGGGACAGGGGUGACGGUAGCAUACGAUACGUCCUGACCGGUGAUGGAGCCGGUAGUCUGUUCAUCAUCGAUGAGAACUCUGGGGAUAUCCACGCCACUAAGAGAUUGGACCGGGAGGAGAAGGCCUACUACACGCUCCGGGCCAAGGCCGUCAACAGAAUCACUAACACCUCUCUAGAGGGAGAGUCAGAGUUUAUCAUCAAGAUUCAUGACAUUAACGACAAUGAGCCCAAGUUCACCAAGGACCCUUACUUCACAGAGGUACCUGAGAUGUCCCCACUGGGCACGGUGGUGAUGCAGGUGACCGCUACAGACGCUGAUGACCCUACAUACGGUAACAGUGCCAGGGUGGUCUACAGCAUCCUGCAAGGACAGCCAUACUUCUCUGUAGAGCCCAACACAGGUGUGAUCAAGACAGCCCUGCCUAACAUGGACAGGGAGACCAAGGAGAACUAUGUGGUUGUGAUCCAGGCUAAAGACAUGGCUGGACAGAUGGGUGGGUUAUCAGGGACCACCACAGUCAGCAUUACCCUCUCUGAUGUCAAUGACAACCCACCGCGCUUCCCAAAGAGUCUGUAUGAGUUCAAAGCUCCCGAGUCGACAGAACCGGGCUCGACAGUGGCCGUGCUGCGUGCUACGGACGCUGACAUCGGCAGGAACGCUGAGAUGAACUACCGAAUCACCAGCAGCGACGGCCCCUCCAUGUUCGACAUCUCAACCAAUAGGAGCACACAGGAUGGUGUCAUCACCCUCAGGAAGUCUCUGGACUUUGAGAGGAAGCGGUCCUACACUCUAAGGAUCCAGGUGGAGAACUCCAACCCUGACCCUCGGUUCCUGCGCUAUGCUGCGACCACGGACGGGGCGACGGUCAAACUGAUCGUGGAGGAUGUGGACGAGCCGCCCGUGUUCGACCGGCUCGGCUAUGUCAUGGAGGUCAAAGAAGACGUGGCAGUAGGCACAAUCAUCGGAUCAGUCAGCGCCACAGAUCCAGACAGCAGCCGCAGUCCCGUCAGGUACUCUAUUGACCGGCGUACAGACAUGGACAGGGUGCUCAACGUGCACCCAGGUAAUGGCUCAGUGUUCAUGCUGAGGACUCUGGACAGAGAGGACAUUGCCUGGCACAAUGUCUCUGUUAUUGCCACUGAGUUCAACAACCCACGGCUGAUGAGUCGUGUACCAGUCUAUGUUAGAGUACUGGACGUUAAUGACAACGCUCCUACGUUCGCCACUUACUACGAGACAUUUGUCUGUGAAAACGCCAAGGCUAACCAGAGGAUUCAGACAGUAAGUGCUGCAGACGCUGACGAGCCUAUUGGUGGACACAGGUUCUUCUUUAGUCUAGCGCACGAGGCAUCUGUGAAAGCCAACUUCACCGUCAGAGACAAUAAAGACAACACGGCAGGUAUCCUGACCAGACGAAACAGCUACAGCCGGCUACAGAGGAGUAACUAUCUGGUUCCCGUGGUGAUCUCGGACAGUGACUUCCCCAUGCAGAGCAGCACCAACACCCUGACGGUGCACGUUUGUACCUGCGACCGCGAGGGGAACAUGCAGCUGUGUAACCAGGAAGCUCUGGUCCUCACCGCAGGCCUCAGCACUGGAGCCCUCAUGGCCAUCAUCUUCUGUGUCCUCAUACUGCUCAUGAUUGUGGUGCUGUUCGCUGCCCUGAGGAGGCAGCAGAGGAAGAAGGAGCCUCUGAUCAUCUCCAAAGAGGAUGUGAGAGACAAUGUUGUCAGCUACAACGAUGAAGGGGGCGGAGAGGAGGACACCCAGGCCUUUGAUAUCGGCACGCUGCGCAACCCAGAGGCCACAGAGGAGAGCAAACAGCGCAGGGACAUUAAGCCCGAGACCCUGCACCCUCACAUCCGUCGGACUGUGAUCCUUCCCCCGGCCCACAGGGACAACGCGGACGUCAGGAACUUCAUAAACCAAAGGCUUCAGGAAAACGACCAGGACCCCACCGCACCGCCCUACGACUCCCUGGCCACCUACGCCUACGAAGGGAGCGGCUCGGUUGCCGAGUCCCUUAGCUCCCUGGGCUCCAUGACCAUAGAAGGAGACCAGGACUAUAACUACCUGAGCGAGUGGGGACCCAGGUUUAAGAAACUGGCAGACUUGUACGGGGGAGAGGACAGUGACAGCUGCAGGGAUUCCUAAUGAGAGAGAAGGAGCUCGUAAGAGGGGAGCUAAAGGAAAACAUACAACAAACAAACAAACAAACACUUGCACACUAGCUAAAGUGAACUUAACUCCUGGUACUUUGUGAAAGUGGCAAACAAUAGAACAAAACAAAGAGGACACAAAAAGACACGAGGCAGUGUUUUACCGUCGUUGAUCACCGUUGAUGUUUGACCUCUCUGGAGGACUAGGAGGAAGAAGAUAAGCUAUCCUGUCAGUAUUUAGUGGUCUUUCUCUUUCUCUGCUAGGCAGCAGGGGACUCCUGAGGAAAAGAGUUGUUGUACUUUACUCUGUACACCAGGCCCACAUACACAGUAUCUCUAUAUACAAACAAACUUCUACUCUUUUCUUUUUCAAAAGCUUCCUGCAAAGGAGGGAGUAACAGCAAGCGGUUUUGCGGUGGACUUGAUAGACAGACAAUGCCUACUCAUUUUUCAGUGUUUCUGGGACAAAAAAAAGCUGCAUUUUGUGAGUUCUAUCGUAGCUUGUGUGUGCGUAUAUGUAAAUCGAUACAAUACAUUGUACAGUUAUGUUUUGUUUUCAGGCUUCUAGCUUCCCAUCCACCCUCUUAUAGCAAUGACUCUGUAUGUCACAAUGCUCUUUUGAGAUCACACAAGCCUUGCUGAGAGGCUGAAUGUUUUAUCUCUAUGGGUACACUCAAACUGUCCGCCAGUCACCCACUAUAGCAUAAUUGACUUGAAUUGGGACAACCACUCUACUCAUUGUAUUUCUAUGGGUUGGACAUCAGAAAACACACCUUUCUGACUGUCAAUACCUGAUCCACAUCUUCUUAUAGUUUUGCAUAUAUUCUGUCUCACAAAUGGCAUACUAUUUCAUAGUGCAUUACAUUUGUACUAAGGUACAUAAGUCUCUGGUCAACAGUAGUGCACUAUCUAGGGAAUAGGGUGCCAUUUGUGACAAACACAUACAGCCAUGACCGAAAUUAUUGGCACCCUUGAUGAAGAUGGGGAAAAAAGACUGAGCUGUAUGCUAAUUUAUGCUAAUUUUUUAUUAUUAUACUAAUACAAUUGCUCAGAGAAAGAGAUUUUGUUUAACAAGGAAUACAUAGUUUUUUUCCCAAAAAAUAGUGGUCAAAACUAUUGCUCAGUACUCGGGUACCCGCCACUUGUGAGGAUAACAGCACUUAGCCUUUUGCUAAAAUGUUUUAUGAGAUUGUAGUACACAUUGGGAGGGAUCUUAGACCAUUCCUCAGUACCGAGUCUUUACAUACAGAUUUGUUUUUAAUUAUUGUUAUAAAAAAUAGUUCUAUGAGCAAUUGUAUUAGUUUAAAAUAAUAGAAUUGUCAAAUUAAUUUAUUGUACAAUGUAGCUCAGUAUUUUUUACUCAUGUUUAUCAAAUGAAGGUAAAAAAUGUAAAAAUCAAGGAUGACGUUAAACAAAAAUCAAGGAUGCCAAUCAUUUUGAUCAUAAAUGAUAUUCUGUGUGGGGGCACCUGAAACACCUGGACCAUGUAUCUGAAGAACUAAUGUCAAUAAUGCUUCACUUUUAAGGUAUCCUCUUUAAAAAGUGUUACUGUAAUACCUGUCAUAACAUCCUUGUUGACCGGCUGAAGAAGUAGGUGAGAAACUCUGGCGUUGACCUCGACUGAUUCAGGUCAUAUUUAUGUGGCAGACGUUUCCCGUGAGCAUGGGUGGUUCAGUAAUGUCCCCAGCAGCUGUUCACUAUUGUGUCCCUCAGGGGUCAAAUCUGGGCCACAUCCUUUUUUCUACCUGUCCCCUUGGUGACAGCAUCCACAAUAAUAACAAUUCAGUGUCACUGCUAGCCGGAUGACAUAGCUUUAUUUAACACAUCAGACCCAGUGACCAAGCUAGCAUAGAUACCCUUCACAAGUGUCUUGCUGACAUAAAAUGUUGGAUGACUGAACAUUUUCUCCAGCUCAAUGAUACAAAAAUCAGAGGAUGUUUUAUUUGGCCCCCCAUCGAGAUUGUAAAUAACCUUGGUCAUUAGUCCACCAAUGUAAAGCCUACGGUCAGUAACCUUGUCCUCUUUGACCUUGACCUCGAACAUGUAAAAACGGUAGUCCAGUCCUGCUUUUAUCACCUAAGAAAUAUAGCUAAAGUCAAAGUCUUAUUUCAGUCACUGAUCUGGAGAAAGUUACACACGCUUUUUAUUCCUCAUGCCUCGAUUACUGUUACUCUUUUGUGUGUAUGUCUCCGUCAGAAAUCACUCCAUUUGUCUACAGUUAGUUCAAAGUGCUGCAGCUCUUCUUUUAAACAGGCACCAGGACAUGUUUCCACAUCACACCUAUUUUAGCUUCUCUACAAAGGCUACCAGUCACUUUUGGAGUAUAUUUCUAAAUUGUAUUAAUCACACGUAAGGUUAGACUUGGUUUAGCCCCAUUCCAUAUCGCAGAUCUUUCAUAUCCCUACGAGCCAGGAUGCAGCCUGAGAUCCUCUGGCAGGGGCACCGCUGUCCAUUCCAAAGUCUCGGUUGAAAACGAAAGAAGAGCAGGUAUUUGCCAUUAGGGCCCCUGGACUUUGGAAUGGUCCGCCAGAGGAUACCAGGCCUGCCGAUUCAGUGCCUCUUUUUAAAUCCCUGCUGAAGACAUACAUUUUAUAAAGAUACAUUGAAAUCAUACGUUAAAAGGUCAUUUCAUUUUGCUAUCAUUUGUCAUUUUCCUUCCUGUCUCUGUCCGUACUUUUUAUUUGAUUGUUUUAUGAAGUGAGGCACUUUUUACUUGUGUUAAAACGCGCUAUACAAAUAAAGUAGUUAUUAUUAUUAUGUAUUCCUAUUGGAAGACUGUCUAUAGACAUGAAAGCAUAGAGGGUUACAGUAGCAGUGUGUUGCUUAGUAUAAACGAAACAUGCAGUUCCCAUUAAACAUUAAUUCCUUA